AUGAAGUUGAGCCGGCAGUUCACCGUUUUCGGCAGCGCUAUCUUCUGCGUGGUGAUCUUCUCGCUCUACCUGAUGCUGGACCGGGGUCACUUGGACUACCCCAAGAACCCGCGCCGCGAAGGCUCCUUCCCGCAGGGCCAGCUUUCAAUGUUGCAAGAAAAAAUAGACCAUUUGGAACGUUUGCUAGCUGAGAAUAAUGAAAUCAUCUCAAAUAUUAGAGACUCAGUCAUCAAUUUGAGUGAAUCUGUGGAGGAUGGUACGAAAAACUCAAAAGGCAAUUUCAGCCAUGGUGCUGGCUCUCCUCUUCUGCCGUCGAAACAUUUGUCCCUCACAGUUGACCCUGGAGACUGUCUGUUUGCCUCACAAAGUGGAAGUCAGACUUCAGAUGUGCAGAUGUUGGAUGUUUACAGUCUAAUUCCUUUUGACAAUCCAGAUGGUGGAGUUUGGAAGCAAGGAUUUGACAUUACUUAUAAACCUGAUGAGUGGGACACUAAGCCCCUUCAAGUGUUUGUGGUGCCUCAUUCCCAUAAUGACCCAGGUUGGUUGAAGACCUUUGAUGACUACUUUAGAGAGAAGACUCAGUAUAUUUUUAAUAAUAUGGUUGUCAAGUUGAAAGAAGACCCACGGAGAAAAUUUAUAUGGUCUGAGAUCUCUUACCUUUGGAAGUGGUGGGAAACUAUAGAUAUUCAGAAGAAGGAUGCUGUAAAAAGUUUGCUAGAAAAUGGUCAGUUUGAAAUUGUGACAGGUGGCUGGGUAAUGCCUGAUGAAGCUGGGGCACAUUAUUUUGCCAUAAUUGACCAACUAAUCGAAGGACAUCAGUGGCUGGAAAAAAACCUAGGAGUGAAACCUCGGUCUGGUUGGGCUGUCGAUCCAUUUGGACAUUCACCAACGAUGGCUUAUCUUCUAAAACGCGCUGGAUUUUCUCACAUGCUUAUUCAGAGAGUUCAUUAUGCAGUUAAAAAACAUUUUGCAUUGCAUAAAACACUGGAGUUUUUUUGGAGACAAAAUUGGGAUCUGGGAUCAGGCACAGAUAUUUUUUGCCAUAUGAUGCCCUUCUACAGUUAUGACAUCCCCCACACUUGUGGACCUGAUCCUAAAAUAUGCUGCCAGUUUGAUUUCAAACGGCUUCCUGGAGGCAGAUAUGGUUGUCCCUGGGGAGUCCCCCCAGAAACAAUAUAUCCUGGGAAUCUCCAGAACAGGGCCGAGAUGCUUCUGGACCAGUAUCGGAAGAAGUCAAAGCUUUUCCGUACCGCAGUUGUCCUGGCCCCGCUGGGAGAUGACUUCCGCUACACUGAACGCACCGAAUGGGAUCAUCAGUUCAAGAAUUACCAGCUGCUUUUCGAUUAUAUGAAUUCUCAUUCUCAGUAUAAUGUUCAGAUACAGUUUGGGACUUUAUCAGAUUAUUUUGAUGCACUGGAAAAAGAAGCUUCAGCCAAUAGUAGGAAUAGCCAGUCAAUAUUCCCUGUUCUAAGUGGGGAUUUUUUCACUUAUGCUGACCGAGAUGAUCAUUACUGGAGUGGCUAUUUUACAUCCAGACCCUUUUACAAACGAAUGGAUAGGAUAUUGGAAUCCCAUUUAAGGGCUGCUGAAAUUCUUUACUAUUUCGCCCUGAAACAAGCUAAGCAGUACAAGAUAAAUAAAUUUCUUUCGUCAUCCCAUUAUGUGAUGCUGACAGAAGCAAGACGAAAUUUGGGACUAUUUCAACAUCAUGAUGCUAUCACAGGAACUGCAAAAGAUUGGGUGGUUGUGGAUUAUGGUACCAGACUGUUUCAUUCGCUGAUGAAUUUAAAGAAGAUAAUUGGACAUUCUGCACUGCUGCUUAUUUUGAAGGACAAACGCUCAUACGACUCUUACUCUUCGGAUACCUUCCUAGAAAUGGAUUUGAAACAAAGAACGCAAAGUUCUCUGCCACAAAAAAAUGUAAUAAGUCUGAGCGCAGAGCCAAGGUAUCUCGUGGUCUAUAACCCUUCAGAACAAGCUCGGAGCUCCGUGGUCUCAGUCUGGGUGAGCUCAUCCGCAGCGCAGGUGUCCUCUGCUUCAGGAAAGCCUGUGGAGAUUCAAACGAGUGCCGUGUGGGACACAGCAAAUAGCGUCUCACAGACAGCCUACGAGGUAUCUUUUCUAGCAGAGAUGCCACCAUUGGGACUGAAAGUUUAUAAAAUUCUGGAAACAUCAAGUUCAAGUCCACAUUUAGCCAAAUAUGACCUAUAUAAUGGUAAUAUAGCAAAUGAAGGAAUUUUUAACAUGAAUAAUAUAAAAAGUUCUCAAGAAGCUAUAACUCUAGAGAACUCCUUUAUUAAGCUGCGCUUUGGUCAGUCUGGGCUUAUGGAGGAAAUGAUAAAUAAAGGAGAUGGUAAAAGUCUUGAGGUGAAAGUACAGUUUUCAUGGUAUGGAACCACAAGUAAAAAGGAUAAAAGUGGUGCCUACCUCUUCUUACCUGACGGGGAAGCCAAGCCUUACGUUUACACAACACCACCCUUUGUCAUAGUGCAACGUGGAAGGUUUUAUUCGGACGUGACUUGCUUUUUUGAACAUGUUACCCACAGAGUUCGACUGUACAACAUACAUGGAGUAGAAGGACAGUCUGUGGAGAUUUCCAAUAUUGUAGACAUCCGAAAAGAACAUAACUAUGAGAUUGCAAUGAGAAUUUCUUCUAGCAUCAACAGCCAAAACAGAUUUUAUACUGACCUAAAUGGAUACCAGAUUCAACCUAGACUGACAAUGAGUAAAUUGCCUCUUCAGGCAAACGUCUACCCCAUGACUACGAUGGCAUAUAUCCAGGAUGCCGAGCAUCGCUUGAGUCUGCUCUCUGCUCAGUCUUUAGGUGUUUCAAGUUUGAAAAGUGGUCAGAUUGAAGUUAUCAUGGAUAGGAGACUCAUGCAAGAUGAUAAUCGUGGCCUUGAGCAAGGUGUCCAUGAUAACAAGAUUACAGCUAAUUUAUUUCGAAUACUACUAGAAAAAAGAAGUGUCGUGAAUAUGGGAGAAGACCAGAAGGCGGCCAGUCACCCUUCCCUCCUCAGCCACAUGACUUCUUCUUUCCUGAACCACCCUGUCUUUCCAAUGACAGAGAAGGUCCCCGUGCCCUCCCUGCAGCUGCUGGCUGGAUUCUCUCCUCUGACGUCACCUUUGCCCUGUGACAUUCAUCUGGUUAAUCUGAGGACAAUACAGUCGAAGGUGGACGGCAAGCACUCCGGCGAGGCCGCCUUGAUCCUGCACAGGAAGGGGUUCGACUGCCGCUUCUCUAGCGGAGCCGCCGGGCUGCUGUGUUCCACCACCCGGGGAAAGAUAUUGGUCCAGAAACUUUUUAGCAAGUUCACUGUUGUAAGUAUCAUACCUUCGUCAUUAUCCUUGAUGCAUUCUCCUCUAGACGCCCGAAAUAUAAGUGAAAUCAACUUGAGUCCCAUGGAAAUCAGCACAUUCCGAAUCCACUUGAGGUGA